AUGGAUGGUCUCUCCAUCGCGAAGAAUCGUACAUGUACGCACGUUGAUCCGACAAAUCCAAAGGCCAACGGACAGCAGAACCAAAUCUAUGUUCAGCUUGUCCUGUCGUUGGCCCUGGGCCUUUCAGCCUUCUUCGGAUUCUGCUUUCUUCGCCCACGAUGGAAAAGCUUAUACGCUGCGCGGAAGAGGCAGAGCGAAUCUGCAGCAAGUCUACCUGAGCUCCCCGAUACCUUCUUUGGAUGGAUGCCCGUAUUGUACAAAGUGACGGAACAACAAGUCCUAGACUCCGCAGGCCUCGAUGCUUAUGUGUUUCUGGCUUUCUUUAAGAUGUCAAUGAAGCUCUUUGGGGUAAUGUUCCUGGUCACCUGCGCAAUACUUGCGCCAAUCAAUUACAAGUUCGACUAUCUCCCAACUCCAGGAGACAGCACCGAUCCCCGAAACCCACCCGAGUUGUUUUCGAAUAACCCUUUGUGGGGCAGUUGGAGCGUCGCAGCAGACACUGUUGUCCUGGCCAGCGAUGGUAAGACGGAACUCCCGAAGACUGACUAUCUUUGGGCCUACCUUGUGUUUACCUACUUCUUCACGGGUCUGGCGAUUUAUUUCAUGACAUCUGAAACCCAGCGCAUAAUAAAGGUUCGACAGGAAUACCUUGGAAGCCAGUCAACCAUAACGGAUCGGACAAUCAAGCUCUCUGCUAUCCCACCUGAACUUCGGUCCAAGGAGAAGAUCAAGGACUUCUUGGAGAAGCUCCAAAUUGGAAAGGUGGAGAGUGUAACUAUUUGCUGUAAUUGGAAAGGGCUUGAUGAUAUGAUGGAUAAGAGAGCCCACCUUGUUCGAAAAAUUGAAGAAGCGUGGACCGUACACCUCGGACGCAGCAAGACUGCAGCUCUUGAGCCAGUGCAAGCUCGACGUUCAGGAAUACUUGAUGAGGAUGAGCAACACGAGAGCCAGGAAAAUAAUACCUUGUUAGGUAGGGCCCAUGUCACGGCAUAUGAGAAGCCCCGCCCAACGACCAGGAUAUGGUAUGGUUUUCUCCAUUUACAGAAUCGCAAGGUGGAUGCCAUUGAUUACUACGAAGAACAACUGCGGAAACUCGACGAAAAGAUCUCCAUGGCACGAAAGAAAGAAUAUACGCCAACGUCUCUGGCAUUUGUUACAAUGGACUCCAUUCCCGCUUGCCAGAUGGCUGUGCAAGCACUUCUUGACCCAUCACCCCUGCAGCUUCUUGCCAGACUGGCUCCAGCACCCUCUGAUGUUGUUUGGUCGAACACAUAUCUACCUCGCUCGAGCCGUAUGAUUCGGGCCUGGACGAUUACUCUUUUCAUCAUUGUACUCACAAUCUUCUGGCUUAUUCCGGUCGCGGGUCUGGCUGGGCUGCUCGACCUGUGUUCCAUUGAGCAGGUGUGGCCUGGGCUUGCCAAUCUCCUGUCCAGGCACGAGAUCCUUAAAGCCCUUGUGCAGACUGGCUUACCCACCCUUGUCGUCUCCCUGCUCAACAUCGCCGUUCCAUUUCUAUACGACUACCUUGCCAACAUGCAAGGGAUGAUCUCACAGGGCGACGUGGAGCUGUCCGUGAUCUCUAAGAACUUUUUCUUCACCUUUUUCAACGUCUUCCUUGUUUUUACAGCGUUCGGAACUGCAAGCAAAUUCUGGGGGGAGCUUCAAGAUUCGUUGAAAGACACUACUAGACUUGCAUAUAACCUUGCUCGCGCUGUAAAAGGUCUCGCUGUCUUCUACAUCAACUUCAUUCUCCUUCAAGGCGUCGGUCUCCUCCCGUUUAGGCUGUUGGAAUUUGGUAGCGUGUCGCUCUACCCGAUUCUGCGCAUGGGAGCCAAAACCCCGCGGGACUAUGCCGAGCUUGUCCAACCGCCAAUCUUCAAAUACGGCUUCUACCUCCCGUCUGCCAUACUCAUUUACAUACUGUGCAUCGUGUACAGUAUCCUCCCGGCAGGAUAUAUGGUCCUAUUUUUUGGGCUGAUUUAUUUCGUGUUCGGGUACUACACAUACAAGUAUCAGUUGCUAUACGCGAUGGACCACCCACAGCAUGCAACCGGAAAAGCAUGGCCCAUGGUAUGCUAUCGCAUUCUCGUUGGCUUGGGCGUCUUCCAGCUUGUGAUGGCUGGCGUCAUUGCCUUGUCAAAUGCGUUCGUUCCUGCUGGACUGGUGGUUCCGUUGAUUCCCUUCACGCUCUGGUAUAGCUAUUAUUUCGGACGAACGUAUGAGCCGCUGAUGAAUUUCAUCGCUUUGAGGUCUAUUCGGCGCGAAAGUGACGCAAGCAUCAAUAUUGCUGGCGAGACUGUUGGACUCGAUAUGACAGGUGCGCGGAUCCGAAGGAGGCAAAGCACUGUGGAUGAAGAAAGGGAAAAGUUUUCGAAGUUCAUUAAUCCAACCCUCACUGUCCCCCUAGAGAAGCCCUGGAUCAAUGCGGAAUCGACUUUUAAUGGCGACGCACCGCAGACGGACCUGGAACACGAAGAGAGUACUGCAAGCUCUUUGAGUUUAGGCGAUACACAUAUAUGGCGCGAUAACGGAGAUGCGAAUGUAUAA